AGUUCCGUCCCGUUCGAAAGCGCCCGGCGGAGCUGCCCGCGGCGUGUUCCCGCCGCCCGGGCCGGCACAGCCGCCUUCGCCAUGGAGCCGCCGCCCGCAGGAGCUGAGCCGAUGACCCUUGGCUCUCCGACGUCCCCAAAACCAGGAGCUGGUGCUCAGUUCCUGCCUGGGUUCUUGAUGGGUGAUUUACCUGCCCCGAUGACUCCCCAGCCCCGUGCCAUGAGUGGCCCUUCAGCCAGUGCCAUGGAAAUGAGAUCUUCACUGCUUGCAGGAGGAUCUCCCCCACAACCAGUGGUCCCUACACACAAAGAUAAAGGCGGAGCUCCACCAGUCAGGAGCAUAUAUGAUGAACUCUCUAGCCCUGGCCUUGGCUCACCUCUAACCUCACGAAGACCAGCCAGCUUUUCUCUAACCCAGAGCCCCUUGGUUGGAACUCUGCCAUCAACUCCUGGAGCAGCUUCAGGUGUAUUUAGUCCUGCUAGCAUUGGGCAGCCCAGGAAGACUCCUCUGUCUCCUGCUCAGCUGGAUCCCUUUUACACUCAAGGGGACAGCCUGACUUCAGAAGAUCAGCUCGAUGACACCUGGGUAACUGUGUUUGGGUUCCCUCAAGCAUCAGCUUCAUACAUUCUGCUACAGUUUGCUCAGUAUGGAAACAUCCUCAAGCAUGUGAUGUCCAACACAGGGAACUGGAUGCACAUUCGCUACCAGUCUAAGCUUCAAGCCCGCAAAGCCUUGAGCAAGGAUGGGAGAGUUUUUGGGGACUCUAUCAUGAUUGGAGUCAAGCCAUGCAUAGAGAAAAGCGUGAUGGAAGGCUCUGACAGGAGCUCUACACCCUCAGCACCCACAGUGUUCACUCCACCUCCCAAAUCCCUUGGCACACCAGUGCUGGCUGGGAAUAGCACUCCCAGGAUUUCCACCAUGAGACCUCUGGCAACAGCAUACAAAGCUUCCACCAGUGACUAUCAGGUGGUUUCUGACAGACAAACUCCCAGGAAGGAUGAGAGCCUUGUCUCCAAAGCAAUGGACUAUGUGUUUGGCUGGUGACAGCCCAGCAGUGGCACACUGAAGCUGCCUGGGGCUUGGAAUAUGCUGCUGGCCCCCGUGGGUAGCUGUAUAACUGCUGCUGUGGCAGCAUCUGAACCUCUCUCACCUCCUCAUGCCUUCAGUUCAGUCAGCAGCCACGGAGCUGGCACUUGCCAAGGGGUGGCAGUGUACAGCUGGCUGUAAGAGCUGAGUGAGUGUCCAUACAGGUUCUUUCUUCCCCACUGGUUUUGCAUGGCUGUAGGAGAACUCUGUGAUUCCUCUCAGUCAACUCCUUCCACCACUCUGGCAAUGUUUCCCAUCCCAUCUUUUUCCUUACUGAGGCCUUCCAUUUCACUGCCCAGGUUAUCUUGCUGGGAAGAGGAUGGGCUCCUGGCAGGAAGAACCCUGAAUGCAGUUUGUCCCCAGAGCCCUUUCUCUCUGAGACUCUUCUUUUAACUGUAGCUGCCAUUGGCCUUUCCCUCACUGCUUUCUCUGGUAUCUUCUAGAUGCCACAGGAGCCUUUUAACUCUGCCAAUAAAGCUGAAGGGAAAAUUUU